AUGGACGCCUCCUCCCUCCGCAUCUCCAAGUUCGAUGGAACUAACUUCCACGCCUGGAAGUUCAAGAUGCAGAUGGUGCUGGAGGAACGGGACCUAUGGGAGGUCGUCAGCGGUGAGAUCAAGGCGGAACAGUGCGAGACUCAGUUGGACCAAGCGACGUACAAGAGGAAGUCAAGAAAGGCGAUGGCAGUGAUCUGUCUAGCCAUGGAAGAUUCCCAGCUACCGUUGGUCCGGUCGGCAAGUGGUGCAUGCGACGCAUGGUCAAGGUUGGAAGACCACUUCGAGAAGAAGAGUCUUGCCAACAAGCUGUUCUUGCGCCGUCGCUUCUUCACGACAAUGAUGGAAGAAGGCGACGAUGUGCUCGAACACAUCAACAAGCUCAAGACGCUGGCGGAACAGCUAGAAGCGGUGGGGGCUCCAGUCUGCGAGGACGAUCUGGUGAUCACACUCCUCGGCAGCCUGAGUGACUCGUAUCAAUUCUUGAUCACAGCUUUGGAGUCGCGCUCAGACACUCUUAGCUGGGAGCUCGUGACGUCUCGACUGCUUCAUGAAGAAAUGAAGCGGAAGGAGCAAGGAAGUAAAGGUGAUGAAGCUUCGCAAGGUCAAGCGUUCAUCACAAGGGACAAUCAGCGCAAAGGGCGACCAGUGAAGAAGUCCUGGCCGUGCCACAAUUGCGGAAAGAUUGGUCAUUGGAUGGCGGAGUGCCCCUCGCGCAUCCAAGAAAACACGGAGAGACACCGGCCACAGCGUGCUCAAGACAGCGGCGACCGCUAUCGAUCACAACGUGCAAACGUCGCUCAAGAAGAAGACUCGGGCGACUACCUCUUUUCGAUCGGUGAAACGACAUCUGCGAAAUCGAGCGACAUCUGGCUGGUCGACUCCGGGGCGACGCAGCACAUGACGUGCUCCAAGAAGUUCAUGCGGAACUACAAGGGGUUUGACGCUGUGGAUGUCCAUCUCGCGGAUGAUGGAAUCGUCCAAGCAAUCGGCAGUGGGGACAUUGUCAUGUCGAUGAAGACACCCCAAGGGAUGAAGAAAGGUGUGCUCACAAACGUGUGGCACAUCCCAAAGUUAUCCAGAAACCUGUUCUCGGUCGGCCGCUUCACCAAGGAUGUCGGCCCAGUGACGUUCACGAAGGAUGGGUGCUAUGGAGAAGCGAAAGGGACCAAGUGGAAAAUUGGUGCCCGUGAAGGUAAAGGACUGUUCAAGCUGCAAAUGACUCCAGUGGCGCCGGAACAAGCAAAUGCAGCCAAGUCGUCGGGAUGUCAAGGGGGCACCAAGUCGUACCUCUGGCACCUUCGGCUUGGCCACAUAGGUCACGAUGGACUCAAUUGCAUCGUGACGAAGAACAUUGGAAUUGGCAUCGACAUAUCUUCGGUGAAGAAGUGGGACGUGUGUGAAGGUUGUGCUCUGGGAAAACAGACUCGAGUGCGCUUCCAAUCAAACACUACAGCUCGCACCUCCAAACUCCUCGAAGUGAUUCACAGCGACGUAUGCGGACCGAUGUCGAUGGCAACUUUCAGUGGAAAACGGUACUUCGUGACAUUCAUUGAUGACAAGUCAAGAUACUGUGUCGUCUAUCUGCUCAAGAGCAAAUCUGAAGUUGCGGCGAAGUUCAUGGAAUACGCUGCGAUGGCCGAAACGCAAACCGGAAAGCGCGUGAAGUACCUUCAAAGCGACAAUGGGGGUGAAUACAAGUCCGACAAGCUGGCACGAUUCUGCGCGGAACGGGGAAUACAACAAAGGUUCACACCCCCAUAUACUCCUCAGCUAAACGGAGUAGCUGAGAGAAUGAAUCGCACGCUGGUCGAGUGUGCGCGUUGCAUGAUGGAACACGCUGGACUGGGAAAGAGCUACUGGGGUGAAGCAGUGAUGACGGCGAUGUUUCUUCGAAACCGCUGUCCAACACGUGCCAUUCACCAAGACAAGUCUCCAUAUCAAGUGUGGACGAUGAAGAAACCGAUUCUGGCCAACCUUAAAGUGUUUGGAUGCCACGCGUAUGUUCAAGUGCCUCAAGACAAACGCGCGAAGUUCGACUCCAAGUCAUCACUCUGUCGUUUCCUGGGAUACGCCGAACACCAGAAGUCAUAUCGAUUUGAGGAAGUGUCAACAGGAGCGAUCAAGAUCAGUCGCGAUGCCACAUUCAUGGAAGACAAGUUUGAUGAAGGUCCGCGCAACUACAACGAUGAGUCAAGUGUCGUUGAGUUUGAUGAUCAUGAUGAGGACGAAGAAAAAGAAGAAGGUAAAACUGACGACGACAUGGACUCGAGCGACGAUGACAACGAAGACACCAGGUCUUCGAAGAGCAACAUCAAGAGACACACGCGCACUCAAUCACUUGAGAAAGCUACCGUCAUUCCAAGUCCCAAGCGAAGAACAUACAGAGGUCCGUCGCUUGAGCAUGUGUCAGCGGCUGCAAUGGAUUUUGAAGCAGCCUACAUCGUUGAUUCAGUGGGGGGAAACGCCGACUACAUUCAAGUCGGCGAUGGAAUCAAGCGACUCCGGCAAGUGGAAAGAAGCGUGUGA